GGGGAGGUGCCCUCCAGGCAACCAAGAUUAGGGAGAGGGCUGAUGGCAACCGUCUAGGAGGGCGCUGAGCCUGUACCCAGGCGCUGUAGCCACCGCCUUCACAUGGGAAAAUCUGGGUUUCACAGUUCUUUGUUGAGACUGGGAAGUGUGGUGUGGAGGCGCAGGGGCCUCGGAAGUCACUGCCCCUCCUCCGCUUGCCACUCCUGCCUCUGUGCUUCUUCCCCCAGCACAACUGACAGGCGGGUGCUCCCAAGUGGAUUUCUCUCUCCACCUGAGCCUCACCACACAGGGUGCCCGCACCCUGCUCACUGAGAUGGGAGGGCGGCCCAAUUCCUCCCCAUGUUCAUGUUGCCACCACACUGGAAAUGCUUCCUUCCCAAGGCCACGUGGCACCUACUUCCUGUACGCUCACUUCCACCAGACUGGUUCCACCGCCUGCCUGUUCGCCACAGCCUCGAGCUUCCCCUCCUGCACGGACACAGGUUGGCUCCCCAGACUUCCUGUCAUGUCACCCAUAACCUUUCAGCAGCUCACCGAAGUGAGCGAGUGUAGACGCCUUCACAGUCCUCCCAGGAUCUCCGUGCUGUCCCUCUUGAGGAGCUUCCCUGCUGCCUCAGACCCCCUUCUCCUUCUCCCCUCCAGUCUUGUCCGCCACGCGCUGGGAAGCCAAGAGCCUAAACAGACCUCUGCACCGGUAGAGAUCAUCCAUGGCUGGUUCACUCCCCAAAUGGCUGCAACAGCUGGGGCUGGGACAGGCUGAAGCCAGGAGCCAGAAACCCCCUCUGAGCUUCCCACGAGGGUGACAGGAACUCAGGCAGGCCCUGGCCCAGACCAGCCUUGACCUUCCGCAGUUGUAAACAUAGGGCAACUGCACAUUCAUCUGCCAACGAAUUGCUGCGCUGGAGGCCCGGCACCCACUGAAAACAUCACGACCCCAGUCUUCGGAGCUCUCAAAUGGAAGGGAACCGCAGCAGGACAGGCCAGCUCCGCUGCAGCGAGGCCCAAGGCGUGGGCAGAAGCACAGGACAGGGAGGGGAUUCCAGGCCAGAGAAACAGCUGUGCAAAGGCAGGAGGUGCAGCAGCAAGAGCUACUUGGAGCUGCGACCGAAGAACUUAAGUUGAUGAAAAACCAACUGUUUGAGACAAAAUGGUAUUUGGAGGAGGAGGAGGAGGACUUCCAACAAAGCUAAAGUCUAGUUCAGCCAGCAGGACAUUCACGUUCACAACCCCAGAAGGAUCAGGUUAGGCUUGGAGUCCGGCGGGGUCUCCCGCUGUUUCCCGGGAGAUAGACUCCCUGGGGCUCCAAGGCCACCCUGCGCCACCUCCCUAGCCCAGGCCCUAGUGGCACGCGGAGUUGGACUUGGUGGAAAGUGGGGGGCAGGGCAGGGUCUAAACCCAGGUCAGGAGUCUGCCUUACAUCUUGCCGUCCUGAGCAGUUGCCCCCCGCAUGACCCGACCUCCCCUACGACCAGUUGCACUUUGUUACCAGGCUUGCUGCGGGUCGGAGCGGGGUUUGCUCCCCGCUCAUUGGUCUGCCCGGAAGCGCCUCCCAAAAGUCCUUGUUACUAGAGGCGAGAACCAGAGCCCAUUGGUCAGGACACCUCACAAUGGCCCUGGCAAGGCGCAGGGUUCUUCUGAUUGGUUCUGUGCCUGUCUUGGGCAACCCUGUGGCCUCGAACCCAGACAGGCUGCUUGGCGCCGGUGGGGGGGAAGAGCGCUCGCACCCGACACCUGCUUGCCAUUGGCUGGCUGGGCGCAGCCACCCCGCGGCGGGGCUCCGUCCUGCGCGAGGGCGACCCCUGGUGGCCGAGACCAAGGCUCUGGAGCCCGGCGGCGAGGACGAAGGCUUGCUGCGGGACCUGCCCAGCGUGCCAGCCCUGCCUGGCCUCCCCUCGGAGCUCCAGUAAGGUUGACGGCUGGACGCGGUGUGUGAACCCACUAAGGGCGCGCCCAAAGGCGGCCCUGUCGGCCCCCUUCAUGUUGGUACACCAAGCGUAGCUCUUGGGGUCCUCCUGCAGCGCCACCUGUGGAGGCCGGUGCCAGGAGUUAGGAUCGGAAUCCCAUCGCCGCAGCAGCGGGGAAGCCCUGAGGGACGAUGUUCUACUACCCCAACGUGCUUCAGCGCCACACUGGCUGCUUUGCCACCAUCUGGCUGGCAGCGACACGUGGGAGCCGCUUGGUGAAGCGUGAAUACCUGAAGGUGAACGUGGUAAAGACCUGCCAGGAAAUUCUCAAUUAUGUGCUGGUCCGAGUGCAACCGCCGCAGCCCGGCCUGCCGCGGCCGCGCUUCUCCCUCUAUCUCUCAGCGCAGCUCCAGAUCGGGGUGAUCCGGGUCUACUUCCAACAAUGCCAGUACCUCGUGGAGGACAUCCAGCACAUUCUGGAGCGCCUGCACCGGGCCCAGCUGCAGAUCCGCAUCGACAUGGUGGAGCCUGAACUACCCAGCCUGCUGCUUCCGGACCACCUGACCAUGAUGGAGACCCUGGAAGAUGCUCCGGACCCUUUUUUUGGGGUCAUGUCUGUGGACCCCAGACUGCCCAGCCCUUUUGAUAUCCCUCAGAUUCGACACCUCUUAGAGGCUGCAAUUCCAGAAAGAAUGCCUGAGGAGGCCCCUCCUGAAGUCCCUGCCGAGCCCAGGAGGCCAGUGCUGCCCCCUGAGGUCAUCACCCUCCAGGAAGCAGAGCCCAUCCGCAUGCUGCAUAUUGAGGGUGAACGGGACCUCCCGGAGGUCAGCCGCCGAGACUUGGACCUGCUCAUCGCAGAGGAAGAUGAAGCUAUCUUGUUGGAGGAGCGACGGCUGGCCAGGCUGAGGGCCCGCCCACCACCGGAAGAGGCCGUGGAGGAGCCCCGGGCCCCAGAGCGCGACAUCACAGUGCCCCCUCUCUCGCCUCCAGCUCCCGUCCAGGUGGAAGGGAUAGCAGAGCCAGCUCCAGGCCUGGUCCUGGUCCCCGAGGAGGUGAAGCUGGCGGCCUGGGAGCCCGGGGCCCCACCCAUGGAGGUGACCCCGUCGCCAGAGCUGCGUCUGCCGCCCCCACCCAGCCCGAAGAAGAGGCCCCCAGGGCCCCCAUCUCCCAGGAGUCCCCCUGCUCGCCGCCGCCGCCGCCGCCAGUUACUGUUCUGGGACAAGGAGACUCAGAUCUCCAGGGAAAAAUUCAAAGAACAGCUGCAGACCAGGGCCCACUGCUGGGAGUGUCCCAUGGUGCAGCCUCCGGAGAGGACCAUCACAAGCCCCACGGAGCUGUUCCGGACCCCGACGUACCCUGGCCGGCUACCCCCGGAACUACUGGCUUUGUGGACCCGCGGUGCCCAGACUCCCCCAAGAGCGCUCAGGCGAAGGCUGCCCGAGGAGGCGGAGGAAGAGGAGAGAAGGGCUGAGGCUGUCAGUGAGAUCGAGGUCCUGAGGGAAGCCCAGGAGCCCAGCGGCCCCCUCAUGCUGUCUUCCGAGCUCUCCCUGGAGCCCGCCGAGGAGGAGAAGUCGCGGAUCAGCCUCAUCCCCCCAGAGGAACGCUGGGCCUGGGCUGAGAUGGAACAGCCAGAGCCCCCUGCGUUGCCGGUGGUGCCGGAGCUCCCAGAGGUGCCCUUGGAGAUGCCCUCCGAGCUGCCACCAGAGCCUGAGCCGCUGUCCCUGGAGGCUGUGCACAGGGCAGUGGCACUGGAGCUGCGGGCCAAGCGGGAGCCUGACUUCAGCAGCUUGGUGUCCCCACUCAGCCCCCGCAGGGUGGCUGCGCAGGUCUUCUACCUGCUCCUGGGUGAGUGCUGGCUGUGUGUGUGCGCGUGCACACGGGGUGCUGAGCUCCACACAGGGGCCAUGUGGGGACUCCUGCCCGCCCUCUUCUCCUUCCUGGCCAGUGCUCGCAGCGCAGCAGAUACUGCGUGUGGAACAGAAGAAGCCGUAUGGGCGCCUCCUGAUCCAGCCAGGGCCCCGGUUCUACCGAGGAUAGCGCCCAUUUUACAAAGCUGCCAGGAAACCAGCUCCAUUAAACCAUAUUCUGCCUCACUGGGCCCUGCCUGCUUCAUUUCUGAACACAUACCUCUGUCCAAGCAGAAAACAAGCUGCCUUUAUUACGGUAGGAUGUCAUGA